CUCCGCCGAGCUCAGCCGACUCCCUCCCGCCGUAGCCGAGCCCAGUCGAACCCAGCCGAACUCAGCCGAGCCCAGCCGAACUCCUCGACGCUCCAGCCGCCGCCGCCCGAGCGCCGCCGAGCGAGCGAGCUAGCGGCCCCGGCCGCGGAGGAGGCGCCGCCCCAGGGGGAGGAGGUGCCCGCUCUCCGCAGACCGCCCGCGGCAGAGGCCGGCCCGGUCGCGCCCCGGCGGGAGCGGCCGGCGGAGGCUGCGCGGCCCAGGGGGAGGGCCCGGGGAGUGGACGUCGCCCCUGCCCGCCUCCCACCGCCCCCCCCCCCCCGCCCGCCCGCAGGCUUUCGAGCCUCAGUCGGCGCUGAGCAUCCCGCUGCCCCGGACCCUCCCGCGGGCGCGCACCGGGCUUAACUCAGGUUUCCUCGACUGGCUUACUGCAGCCUUGGGAAAGAGAGGAUGCCCUAGCCUCUACAAUGAUGGUCAUAAUCCUCUUCCUCCUGGGCCUUGGGCCACCUCAAUCCCGCCCACCAACAGCAUGUCUGAAAGCUAGAGGCUUGGUGGGCAGGGCUAGGCUAUACCCACCAGUUCCGAAGAAAAUGAGAUAAAGGCUGCCUGCCUACUACUGUCUGCCCACUCUGGCCGUGCCACAGCACCAGGUGCUCGGAGCCAGGCCCGAGGAUGGAGGCUCUGGACUGCAUGUGGGCAUCUCCACUGCCCAGGAAUCAUUGUGUGAGGACAGGACAGCCUCCUUGGAACAUCGGCCAUACCAGAGUUGUGCCUCGGCAUGGGCCUUGCCGUUGAGGCAGCUCUGCAAACUGCGCUGGCCUGAGGGUGCUGCCUGUCAUGGGGGCAGCCAUCUCCCAGGGGGCCCUCAUCGCCAUCGUCUGCAACGGCCUUGUAGGCUUCUUGCUGCUACUGCUUUGGGUCAUUCUCUGCUGGGCCUGCCACUCUCGUUCUACUGACGGCGAUUCUCUCUCAGAAUCCAGUCCCAACUCCAGCCCUGGCCCCUGUCCUGAGAAGGCACCACCCCCCCAGAAGCCUAGCCAUGAAGGCAGCUACCUGCUGCAGCCCUGAAGGCACCUGGCCUACCCUGGAGUCCUGGACCUGAGUGUACCAGAGUCAGAGUGUGGCGUCUGAUCCAGUUCAGCCAGUCUGGGGUCCAGAAUUUAGAGUCCAGUCUAUUUGAAGCUGGACCCAGCAGCCUAGACUGUAGCCAGCCUGACUCAGAAAGCCCUGAGUAGCCCUUCAGAGACAGACCUGGAGUGGGGGGUUAGGAGCUGGUGCUAGGGUCAGGGCCAUCUGGACUCUGCUCCAUCCCAAGGGCCAAGGGCUGUUUACCUCCCUAAGCUCAGGGCCUCUGGGCUCUCUAGGUUGGGGAAGCAAACUGGAACCCAUGGCAAUAAUGGGAGGGUGUCCGGGCUGGGCCCCUUCUCUGGUCCUCCCACUGUUUGUUGGAUAAUAAAUGGAACUAU